GACAUAAUAUAUGCCAUUCGCAGAAUUCAUAAUGAAAAAGCGAUUCAUAGAGAUUUACAUUCUGGAAAUAUAUUAUUCGAAUAUACUCGACAUUUUCGGAUCAGUGAUCUCGGGUUUUGUGGACCUGUUGAUAAAUCACUAAAUAGUGUAUACGGAAAUCUUCCUUAUAUAGCACCAGAAGUAAUUACAGGAAAAAAAACCACAUUUGCAUCUGAUAUUUAUAGUUUUGGUAUACUUAUGUGGGAAAUUUCGUCUGGACAG